AUGUCGGCGUACCGCUCUUCAACGGGCAAUCUGGACCGCUUUGACGAGCCGCCUCGUGGCGGUCCCCAGCGAUGGGAUCGCGACAGGUUUGAGAGCAUGCGAAGGGGACCUCCUCCUCCGCCACCACCGGGCGGAAGUGUGGCUGGCGGUAGCAGCCGUGGUGGUCGCGACGAUUACGAUCACUACCGCUUCCAAGAGCACGAUCGUUUCCCCGGAGGCCAUCGUGACAUCGAUUUCCAUGAAGACCGCGCACGCCGAGGCCCCGCUGUCAUGGAGAGAGAACGCUACCACGAAGAAGAUCGGUUCGACCGCCCCCAUCGCCGCGCUCCCUCUGAGAUGUUCCACGAGCCAACUCCCUCUGAAAUUGCCAACCAAGCGCUUGCCCCCUACCGCCGCAGGUCCGUCAUCGACAAGGACAUCAACAUCGAUAUCGACAUCAACGAGCGCCGGCCAGCCCCUCGCCCGCCAAGGCCGUCACGGCCGCAGUUCAUGCGCCGUCAAUCAUCUCUCGACACUUUUGACCGCAAACCCCUGCCACGCUAUGGCGACGUAGAGAGGUACGAGAGGUACGAAGACCACGAGUGGCGUCCACCAGCCAACGUUCCCAUUCCACUUCCUAUCCGCGAGCGUCGCCGAUCACCACCUCGUCGUUUCCACGAGGAAGAUGACUUUGAAGAGAUCCGAUACGACGACCGUGGCGGAAGGGGCCGGGAACGAGAAGACUACCGCGAAGUUGAAGUUCACCGCGAGAAGAGCCGAGUCCGAAGAAGCAAGAGUGUAGCAGCCAAGUCGACACGUAGCUCUUCCAUCUCCAGCUUUGAGGAAAUCCAGCCUUCCCGAGCCACCUGGGGCAAGAAGGGCAAGACGAGACUCCCCAAGCGCCUGGUCAAGAAGCAAGCCGUUAUCGACUUGGGCUACCCAUACGAAGAAGAGGACGACUUCAUCGUUGUUACCCGAGCACUCGAGAAAGAGCACAUUGACGAGGUCAUCAAGAUCAGCGAGAACUACAAAGAGGAGAAAAUCACAUACGUCUACGAGGAGAAGGUGGAGGACGCCCCACCGCCACCACCCUCCAUUGCACCACCAGCCUCAGUCAUCGCACCUCCACCACCACCCCCUCAAGAAUUCCAGCCUCCGCCGCCAUCAGUCGUCCACGCACCUCCUCCACCCCCACAAUCAGUAUACCAACAACCCCCACCCCAAGUAAUAUACGCCCCAUCCCACCACGCGCCAACCGUCUACGCCCCCUCAGAGCGCGCCCCCUCCCCCUCCAUCCACGAACACGAGCGCUACGUCGAAAUCGACCGCUCAGCCGCCAUCCACGGCCCGGCCACAGCCUUCCUCCCCGAAGGCCGACAACUCGUACGCCGCGACGACCGGCGCUCCGAGCGCGAGAUCCGCGACGAAAUCCGUUUCCUCGAGGAAGAGCGCCGCAUGCUCAAGUAUGAGCGCGAGGGCGACCGCGAGUAUGAGUUUGUCGAGCGUACGCCCCGCAAGGAGGUUAUGCGCGUUGACAGAGACCGGAAGGGUAGGUUAGCCCUUGUUCGCUCGGCCCAUUAG